UAUUGUCACUGUAUGUAUAGAUGUGUGUGUGAGUGUACGAUUGGACCUUCCCUCAUCUCAUCAAUCAAUUUUCCAUUUCCAAUUCUUUUGCAAUAUUAUUUAAUUAAUGCUACUCGUAUAAUAAUAAUAAUAAUAAUACGUUGCUGUUGUUGUUCACAUUCACAUAUUCCGUCUUCCCUUCCACCGACGCUAUCUGUAAUCUGUAUCUAUCAUAACAGAGUGUGAAUUAUAAUAUUUAAUUAUUAAUACUAAUAUUUGUUAAUUGGAUCGGUGAUCUGAUCUAAAAACGAUGUCGUCCGGUAGAUAUAUGGCUUACUCUCCCUCGCCGUCAGCUCCUCACUCUCCUCAUAUCUCCGGUCUUCGUUCCGCUGCCACCGUCAUCGCCGCCGAACAAGAGAAGUAUCUUUCAGAGUUACUAUCUGAACGCAACAAACUUAGUCCGUUUGUGCCUGUGCUUCCACAAUGUUAUCGUUUGGUGAAUCAGGAAAUAUUGCGUGUAACCACACUGUUGGGGAACACAUCAGUUUUAGAUCAAAGUGGGCUUGAACAUGCUAGCCCCCUGGCUUCAGGAGGGAUGUUUUCAAAUGGAGGAGCUAACAUGAACAUGAACAGAUGGUCUUCACCAAUUCAAUCAGAAAUGUCAGCUUUAUUGCAGCCCUCAUCUGCACAGAGCUGGAUUGGUUCCCAGGGCAGUUCAUCUGGUCUUGUUGUAAAGAAGACAAUCAGGGUUGAUAUCCCUGUGGCCAGUUAUCCUAAUUUCAAUUUUGUUGGGCGUCUCCUUGGGCCCCGAGGGAACUCUCUUAAGCGAGUGGAAGCAAGUACCGACUGUCGUGUCCUCAUCAGAGGACGUGGAAGCAUCAAGGAUCCAGUAAAGGAAGAUAUGAUGAGAGGAAAACCAGGGUUUGAACACCUAAACGAACCUCUACACAUACUAGUUGAAGCAGAAUUACCUGUUGAUAUAAUAGAUGCUCGUUUGAUGCAAGCUCGUGAAAUACUGGAAGAUCUGCUUAGACCUGUGGAUGAAACUCAUGAUUUCUAUAAGAAACAGCAGCUACGUGAACUUGCAAUGCUAAAUGGUACACUUCGUGAGGAUACCUCUCAAAUGUCGGGUUCAGUCUCACCCUUCAACAAUAACCUCGGAAUGAAGAGAGCAAAGACCAGAGGGUAAUAAAUAAGAAUCAAAUCAUUACUAGUGGGCUUUCUGAGCUUGCAUAUUUUAGUAUAUGCAUUGCCACAAAAGGCAUCUGUGUUGCUGCCUCCAACUGCCAUCGGGGCACUGGAUACUAUUUGCAUCCUGUUCUAACGUGUUUAUAUGAUAUGAGAUGUAUGUCUUUUCUAUUUGGAGUAGACGGUUUGUUCUUGUGAGUAAAAUUGUAGUGAAAAGACCUUAAAUUGAGGUAAUAUCGUAGUAUGGGAUGUGCAUGCCCUCUGUGUUCAUUAGAUGUGUGUGAGUUUGUUUGAGAGCUUGUCAAGAGAGUUUUGGAAUGGGAGUUAUAUGUGAGAAUUCAUACAUGUUAGUAGUUUUGUAAUUGUAGGCAACUUUUAUGCCCUAUUGCUUGAGUUUUCAGA